UGUGAAUAUGGGAUGCAAACCUUCUAUCUUGAUAUGGCUUCAACAAUGGCAUACAUAUGUGAAGAUUGGUAUUUUGGUCUUGUUGAUUGAACAGGUAAAGAAAAAAAGAAAAAAAAAACUAGUUAAAUUAUGUUUGUCUCAUCAUGUGUGUUCAAGUUGAUCAUGCUGUUAUUUUCAGUUCUGUUGGCUUAUAAAAUAGACCGCGAGGCAAGAGAAGAAGAAGCGCAUAUGGUCUUAUUGGCCAGCCAAAAUAACCAUCAUGCUUGGUUACAUAGUCAUUAUGGCGAAGCAGCCAUAGGAUCAGCAGCAGGAGGUGGAGUAACAGGAACAGGAGCAGGGGGAAGUUGCAGCAACAGUUAUAAUUCAGGUUAUUUUGCAAGAGGAUCAAGGUCAAGUCAAAAGAGUAUUCCAAGAUAUGGAUGCACAUCAAUCAGCUGUACUCUUGCAGAGACAUGAAGUUGAAAAAUAACUUCGAGAGAGAUAGCAGGUCGAUAUGGAAAGAAGCUUUUCAUUAAAUGUACUCAAGAUCUUUUUUAU